GCAUGAGUGACUGUUAAAGAAAAAAAAAGGUGCUAAAAUCUAAAGUUUUUUUUUUCUUUGGAAAUAGUUUCAUACCAAUGAAAUUUAAUAGGGCAAAUAGUGAUUGAUAAAUGAGUGACAACAUCAACUUAUAUUUUCAUUUAAAACAUUUUUAGUGCUAUCAUUUUAUGUAAUGCAAUAAAUAACAAUACUUUCAUAAUGUGAUAUCUUGAUUGUCCUGGAUUUUUCUGGCUACUCCAGCUACCUGCAAUUCAUUUAAGCUGAUUUAGCUGAGUUUUUAAUUACUUGCAACUGAAGAGUACUGGUUGAUAACCUACUGCCCUCAGGUUUCAGUGCCAGAGGUUGGAGGAAGGCACUGCAGAGCCCAAGGAAGGGAGCCGAGAGGUAUUACCGCCAGGUGGCCAGCCUCCUCCCAUCCCUGUCCGCAGACACCGAUCCCUCCUCUUUCCCACUGUAGACCUGCUCCCACCUCGCUUCCGCUUCCGGGUAUGACGUCACAGACGGUCCUGUUCUGAGGUCUCCAGGAGUUCAAGGCUGUUCUGGCUGAAGGAUUUCAGUUGUUUUACUUCUCUCCUUGGGUACACAGACCAUGGCAAAGAAGAGAGGAGCGGAGACCCUCUUGUUUCUUCUCUUCCUGGAUUAUUGGCAAGGUGCAGAGCUCCACCCUUUGCACCUCAUCAAAGGUACCGGCACAGGUUCAAGUACUGAAUUUUCAUCAAGUUCAAACUAUAUGGACAAAGGUUUGGCUAAACUCUUUGGUUAUCCUCAACAGAAGAGCUCGAGAGAUGCCAAAUUUACAUUGAGUUCAAGUAAGCAAGAAGAACAUUUGGCUAGAUUAUUUGAUGAAAUUCUACUGCAAGUGUUUUCCAAAGUUCCAUAUGAUGCACCAUUUGAUGAAACAAGACAAACAGUGGACAAAUCAGUUACGAAGAGAACCAUGAAAGAAAGUCACAUUGCAGAGGAGAAGAGGGAGAAAGAAUCUUCUCUAUUCAACAGGGAUGUAAGUGAUGAGCCGUUAACUACCACAGAUAAAGGAGCACUCCAAGAAGCAAGCAGUCCAAGUGUUCCGAAUAGGACUAUGCCAUGUGCACAGCUUCUGCAGUUCCUUCAGAGGAACAUCAUUAGUGCUUCUGCCGCGGUGGCGGGAAUCCUCGUGGCCACAGUGUUGCUGCUGCUGGUGUUGAUCACAUACAUCCGGAGGAAACAGCUAUUAUAUCCUCCAGAAAACAUGACCUAUAAUAUUUUUAUAAUGAAUGGAAAGACUUGGUGGCAAAAGUCUCAAGAAAAGAAGACCAGAAAACACACGGGGAAACAGAAACAGCUGAAGUUAAAUUCCAGUGUCUAAACCAGGUGGGCGGCCAGCCAACUGGCACUUAAAGCUGUGAGGUGAGACGAUCUCCAUCCUGACACCGUGGAGAGGCCAUUGGCUUCCUGGCUGCAUGUGAGGUGCACCCUCCAAAACGUUUACCUCUUCCUCUCAAUUUUGAAUGGACCAAGAAAACAAUGUUUGCUCACACAAUGCUCGAAGUGGGCAAUGGCACUGAUGACGGUGCAGGAGACUGAGCACAUUUCCCCAGAGAGGAACCUGCCAGACCAUGGAUUUAUUUAUUUAGUAAAACAUUGAUUUGUUUUUUUUC